AAACCCCAUCCAUUUGACAGUUGAUCUAUAAAUCAGCCAGAUUAUUUUGCACUAUUUUUGACACACUCUCAUUAUCAACGAUGAAUAUCCUAACUACUGGAAUAAUUUUAUACUCAUUCUAUCUUUCCACUUGUAUGGAUCCUGAUGAUGGAGGAUCUGACGACGGAGAUCCAGGAGACAACCCACCUCCUCAGCAGCCAGCUGAAGGAGAGCAAGGUGAUCCUUCCGACGGACUAGACUGUUUAUAUCCUUAUAAAUGUAGACCACAUAAAAGAAACCCAGAUGGAACAGUCUUGUUAUCAGUAGAUGCAUACUAUUGGACGAGGAAUGCACAUCUUAAUUAUAUUAGAUAUAAAGAUGACAACGGUGUUUUACACACUGAGAUUUCCCCUCAGUCUGGGUGUGUAAUUGAAUUAAUAAAUUAUGGUGAUCGUAAUCUCUGGACAGUUGAAGAUAAUGAUUACGCAGUAAAAAUUGAUAUAGUUCCUGUAGAUGGUCCAAGGAGAACUGCGGUAAUAACACUACAAAGUGGUGCUAAAAUUGUUUUUCAUAAGGGAGGAAAAAGAAGUCGAUGGAAAAGAAAACCUUCUGAUUAUGUACAUACUGAAAAACAAAAGUCAGAUGUUUUCGAUCCAAAAGAAGUCUAUAUACUUGACGACGAAUCAACUUCCACAAGUGAACCUGAAGAAUUGGAAGCUCAAAUUGAACGUGUGGAAGUUGGCACAGAUUCAGAAGACGAAGGAGACAACCCAACAGAAGAAGAGGAAGGUGAUAUUUCCCAAGAUCCACGAUGCUCAUCUUUCAAAUGUAAGCCACAUCCUAAAGCUCCUGACGGAACAACAUUGUUAACAAUAGAUACAUUCCAUUGGACAAGAAAUCGACAUGUUCGUUAUACUAGAUAUGAAGAUGAUGAUAAUAUUACACACCAUGAGAUUCAAUCUAAUGAUGGAUUUGGAUUUGAAUUCAUACAUCAUGGUGAUCGUGAGCUUUGGAAAUUGGACGGGGAAGAUUAUGCAGUAAACGUUGAUAUAUUUCCUGUACAGACUGUAGAAAAAAGUAUAGUAAUAACACUAAAAAGUGGUGUUAAGAUUACUUUUUAUAAGGGAGGAAAAAGAAGUAAAUGGAAAAGAAAACAUACAGAUGAUGGAAAAGGAACUGAUUAAAGGCUCAAUUUCCAAUAAAUCUUACAAAUUUAGUCUAAAAAUUUGUAUAUCAGUUGUAAAUUUAUGGUGAUACAGUUAUAAUUGUAUUACUAGACCUUACUUUCAAGACCAAAAUGUUUAAUUGUUCUCUUGAUAUAAUAACAUUAAAAUAUUAAUUAAAAUCUAUAAUAAUUAUAAAAAAUUAAUUAAUUAAUCCUAACAGAACAAUUACACAUAGAAACACUCAGUUAAAU